AUGUUGUAUGAAGCAGAAGACACAACAACAAGAGCCGCAGCCAGGUUACGAAAAGUGUCUGAGCAUGGAAGCAAAGAGGUUCGAGAAAUAAUAGAGCAAUUUAACAGCAGAAUGUUGGAGGAAAUGUCUGUGUCCCUAUCGUCUCUUGUGGACGCGAUUAACGCCCUUCUCAAGUGCGAUACGCUGUACUCCAACGAAAAGUAUGCAGUGCUUGACCUGUUCUACGAUCUUGUCGCAGAUCUUCUUAGAAGGAAGGAAACACUUGAUCUAAAGGAGAUCCCUGUGUCGCUCGGAAACAUGAAGUUUACAAAAAACGAAAAGAAUGUAGAGCGUGCGGUGGUUGUGUAUUUAAAGGUGAUUGUGCUGCUGCUGGACAUUGUGGACACGCCUGAGCACAGAACAACCAUAUUUAAGGUGUUCUGCACUCUUUUCAUGUCCAAGUCUUUUAUUUCCAGCACAAAGUGCGGGUACCUUUUGCCCUCGAUGUUCAAAGAGUUUCUUAUCAGGUACCCCGAGUUCAUUGAAAGCCUGCUGGACAACCAGGACCGGCUGGUGUACUGCCCCGCCCUUUUGGAAAUAGUUCUGAUGUCCUGCCAGAAAAUGGACAAGGUUGUGUCAAAGCUGGCGGUUCUGGACUUUAUCAAAAGAAAAAACAACAGGCUUGUUGUCUCUCUGCACGGAAAAGGAUUCUAUGAGCCUUUUUUCUUCCAGAUCUACAUGGAGAGAGAGGACGCGCCCUUUUCCGAGGUUUUCCCCUUGUUUUGCAAGGGCAACUUUUUGGAAUAUCUGUUUUUGGACGUGUCCACUCGCAUAACCAGCCGGGACAUGCCGCGGACCGUGCUGGAAAAAAUAAAGGCCGCAGGCUAUGUGCACUUUACGCGCAUGCUGAAGGACCCCGGCGAAAGCACAGAGUGUGCGUACUGCGAGGUUGCCCAGAAGCUGCACGAAACAGAAAAAAGACGAAGGGAAAUCUUCCAAAAGAUAGACGAGUUUAACGUGACUGCGGAAGUCCACAGGCUUGUGCAGAUGCUGGAGCAGCAAGGCAGCAAAAGCGCGUACAGAGAAGCUGCAAUGCUUCUGCGGUCGCACGCAGAAACAAACCUGGCGAGCUUGGGGAAGUGCCUGGGGAAGGAGGACAGCGCAAAGUUUUUGGACGCGUUCUGCACGUCCUUCAAUUUUUCUGAGUACGACAUACUAACGGCGCUUCGCGUUUUUCUGCUGAGCUUCAACCUGCCAGGCGAGGGCCAGAAAAUUGAAAGGAUAAUAUUUGCGUUUUGCAAGAAGUACUCUGAAGACGGAAAGCAAAACGUCGACACUGUUUUGUCGAUUGCAAUGUCUAUUAUUUUCCUCAACACAAGCAUCCACAACGUAAACACGGCGAAAAAGUUCACUGUGGAGGACUUCACGCAGAUAAUACUGCGGGACUGCAAGGACGUGGAUGUCGAGUAUCUGGAGUCGCUGUAUGCGCAGGUAAAGCAAGAAAAGCUGCAGCUCCCAGUAAGCAACACUGCAUCUGCGGAGAUGCUGGAGUUUUUAGAGCAGCAGGGGGAGGCAGAUGCCUGCCUGCAUCCCGCCGUGUCGGCCGAGAAGAGGUACAGAUACUGCGGAAAGUGCACGCAGGCUGUGUACAGGUAUGCAAUAGAAGAGUAUAAAAUUGGGCAGGCCGUUGCAAAAGACGGCACGUCUUCGGAGGUGAUGGAGUAUGUGAGGGCCUGCAUGCGAAUCGAUGCAGCUGACGCAGCAAUUGAGGCUGUGAAGCUGGUCCGGGACCCGUUCUUUGUGGUCAAGGUUUUAGACGAGUUUGCGGUGUGCACAUACUCCUUGUGGAGCACCUUUUUGGACGCGCUGGAGAAGAUGUAUCAGCUGAAAGACGAGCCGGGCAGCACGCCUAGGUUCUUCCGCGGGAUUUUUGCGUUUGGAAAAGACGCCAAGAAAGACAAGAGAGAGGCUUUCCCAGACGACACAACUCUCCGGAUAAUUGAAGGCACGCGAAACAUAAACGACGCGCAGGCAAUGGACAUGGCGGGCACACUGGCCAAGAAGAUAGAGGAGAGAAGCUCAAAGAUAUUGAACAAAGUGGCGUACAGCAUGGUGAAGGUCAACGCAGACCGGAUGUUUUCUGUGGGCGUGCUACUAAAAACGCUGAUAGGCAACGGCGGCGCGUCGGUGCAGGAAAUAGUCGCGCUCUGCGAAGCAUCUUCGCUAAGCAACGUGCUCCAGGUUUUGCUGGGCAUUAAGUACAAGCCGUCCAAGCACAUAACGGCUGCUGUGAUAGCCCUGCUCCAGUACGUAAUAUCGGUGCUGAGCCAGAGAUCGCCAUCCAUUGUAGAGAUGCACGGCGUCAAGGACUGGAUGGCGGCUCUGAUUUCCUCAGAGGCUUUCAAGCUGCGAAACAGCGAAAUCGUCAUUUCUAUCUGGGAGACCGUUGAGGAAAUAGCUCUGCGAGUAGACUCGGCCGGGUUUGACGGGUUUGAGAUAUUUAUCAAGAUGAAAGAGGUAAUUACAAAAGCCAGCAAGCUAGAAAUCAUAAGCAACACCCGGAUGUACUAUAGAAACAUAAACAGAGUUCUGCUGUGCCUAGACAUUUUGUCUGGGUCCUCGGAGACAGACCUGAAGGACGCGUUUGUGGCCAUGGUCUCCCUGGUUGUUGAAAAGGAUGCGCUUGGCUGCGUGUCUGUGCUGGAGAGCUGCGAGCAUGUUCUAGAGACGAUCCCCGAUAUACAGAAAAGAAUCGAGGAGACGGUGCUGGACAAAACCCAGGGCGUUCCAAACCUAGACGUAAAGUACCUGAAAAAACUGGUAAUGAAAAUGAGCCUAAAGGCGUCUCCGAGCAAGGAGAUAGUAGACCUGUAG